UUUAAACAUUUCAAACCACGAGAAUUUUAUUAUAUUGUAUGAUGUAAGAGACUAAAGAAAAUGUCAGAAGUUGUGGAAAAAGAUACCAAAGAUUCCAGCGCGACUGGAAGACUUGGAUGCCAGCAUUACGCGAGAAAAUGCCAGUUCGUUUCUCCAUGCUGUAAGAAGUAUUAUGCCUGCAGGGUGUGUCAUGAUGAAGCAGAAAGUCAUGAGAUAGAUCGCAGUGCUGUUUCUCAGAUCAAAUGCUUGGUCUGUGCAGUUGUACAGAAAGUACAGAAGUCCUGUGAAAGCUGUGACACCUUAUUUGGUAAAUAUUUCUGUGAGAAAUGUCGUCUCUAUGAUGAUGAUGAUAAAGGACAAUUUCACUGCGAUGACUGCGGACUGUGCAGAGUUGGGGGCAGAAGCAAGUUCUUCCAUUGCAAGAAAUGUGAUAUGUGUCUUUCUGUUAAACUUAGAGAUAACCAUAAGUGUGUAGAAGAGAAUUCAAGAAGAAAUUGUGCGGUAUGUCUUGAAGACCUGCAUACAUCACGGAUGGAUGCACAUAUACCCAGCUGUGGUCAUCUAAUACACAGGGUAUGCUUAGAACAGUGUAUUAAAACUGGCAAUUAUUCGUGUCCUACCUGUGGCCACAGUCUAUAUGACAUGCAGAAAGCUUGGGAAAUGCUAGACAAUGAGAUUGCCAAUACGCCAAUGCCAGAAGAGUAUAGGAACUUCUAUGUUUAUGUUCUUUGUAAAGACUGUCAUAAGGAGAGCAAGGUAUUGUUCCAUGUGAUCGGCUUGAAGUGUCAGGAGUGUGGCUCAUACAACACAUGUAGAACUGAAGAUCCCAAUAACUCUGCUUCAAAACUGGUUUCAGUACCAAAUGGUGAUGGGGCCGAUUCAUCAGGGGCAACAGGGGUCAGUCAGCCUUCAUCAUCAUCACCAGAAAGGUCAACAGACAAUAACAAUAUACCUCCAGAAGGUGCUAAUAGUAAAAAAUAGUUCAGAAAAAGAAGUAGAUAGAUUUACAGCUGUGAAAACAAAUUUUUGUAGUGUUCAGCUUUUAUAAAUAUUUUUGUAGUACAUUUGAAGUAGAAGAAUGUUAUUUAACCCCACUAAACUUGGUUUGUUGGGGGAGGGGGCGGGGGCAGCUAUAUAGGAAUCGCUUUAUCCUGUACUGUCAGUCCUUGUCCUAGCCAAGCCUCACCUGUGCUGUCUCUGGAACCCAUACAGAUAUUAUGUUUAAACUAAUAAUAUGUUUUUGGAAUCAUAUGACAAGUUUAUGUACUAGGUCCAAUAACUGACUUUUCCUGUUUCACUUCGAAAAAUUCCACGAAUUAACAUUUGGUUCAGUACUUCUGAAUUUUUUUUUUUUAGAUUUGGUUGCCAUACUAAAAUCUUAUAAAAUUUAAACUUGUUAUUUAUAGUAAUACUGGUCAAAUAACUUAAGUGUUGUCAAGUUAAGGCCCAUGUUUGACCUAAUUAUGGACAGCCCUUGUUUUAAGAAUGCUUAGUUAUACUAGUGCCAAAAUAUUGUUUUUAAGACAUCAUUUUUAAGGGCUAUCACAGAUUUCUUUGAUGUCAAAACACUUAUUUUGUAUGUUAUAAGGUGUCCUGUUCUAAUUCAAAACAUUUCAAAAUGUCUCAGGAACGAAAUGAAGUAAUUAUUUAUGCUAUUGUAUUACAUCCAUAGUUUAGCUCUUUUUAAGCAUUCACUUUAUUUGAAGGAUGAUGAAAAAAAAAGAGUCUUCAAAUGAUAAAAAGAGCUUUGUUUGUAUGCAUCAAGGUUAUAAACAUAUCUCAGAAUCACAGCCGUUGUCUUUUUUCUUGUAGUUUCUUUUUUUCAUAUUGUCUAGCUUCUCAUUUUAUGUUGCUGAUAUUUAGCUAGUGUAAUACAAGUUGCUUUUACUACAUACCCGCUAUGUAAAGCACCUUUGAACGUGUUUAUCAUGAAAAGGGCUGUUAUAACAUCACAUUACAUCUGUUACACUGGUAAAAAGAUAUGUAUAAAAUGUACUAUACUUGACAUAUGGAAAUCAUUGGUUUUCAUGAAAAAAUAGAAUGCUCAUUUUUGACUUUAACAAAUCUUCAGUGAUUUCAAAUGCCAUACUGUAUAAGUGGUAAAGUUCGCAACAUGGAAAAUAUCAGCCAAUGUUAAUAUCCAUGUUCACCGAGAGCUUCGUUAUAGUCAAGUUAAGAUAAACAAAGUAAGCUUUUGCGCUUCAGUUUAAGGGAAAUCACAAAUGUUUCCGUGCACGAAACAUCCGGAAAAGGCAAUUCGCUAACUUUUUGACCUGCAAAUAUACCCACUUAUACAGUAACUCUGUUUUUAGCAGUAUUGAGAUUUUGGUACCAUUUUGUUUGUCUUGAAGAGCUCUAUCUUCUUGUAGUAUGUUCAUCUUGAUAGAACUAAUGAAUACAGUAAAAAGAGGUUCCAGAUAGCAGAAUGUCUCUUUAACCAUUAACAAUUCAAAACUUAAAAACUUGUUUUCUCAGAAUGCCAAAAAUGGACUAAUGGCAUUGUGGAAUUAAGCUGAAGGAAAUGUAUACAGAAUAUAUUGCUGUACAUAUACUUGUAAUGAUGAAUUGACCUUGGGUUUCAUAUUUGAAUGAUAUUUAACUCAGUAGAUUAAGUUACAAAUUAAUUUUUGUGUCUCUCCAAAAUUCUUGAGAGGUGCUCUUCGAUUUGCCAUUGUCCGUCUGUCCUAUUUUGUGUUGUGCAUAUCUCAUAAAGUACUUGACCUUAAGUCAUUAUCUCAUAGAAAUGUUAAUUAACAUGUAAAUUUGUGCCCCUGGUGUUUCGUUUUGAAUUUCACUCUGCCAGGCCAUAGUUAUGGCACUGACUGUCAAAAAUAUGCAUUGAGGACAUAAAAGUUUGUGUCCGAUAUAUCUCAAAAUGUACUUGAAUUAGGUCAUAAAACUUUUAGAGGAUUGUUACCGUACUUUGGGAUAUUUUCGUGUCGACAAAUUUUCGCCCUUUUAACCCAAAAUUUAGUGGUUUUAUUUUGGCAUGUGUAUUUUUUGCCAUCUUACAUAGGUGGCGAAAAUUUGCCUGAAAAUUUCAUCAAAAUCCAACAACAAUACCUGCAUUUUUGAAGAUUAUCCAACAACACAAACUACAUACAUUGGACUUUAUUAUAUCUGGUAUAUACAUACUGAAAUUUAUUGCAAACUGUAUUAAAAUAUAAAAGCAAUAAAAUUCGUUACAAUUUUCACGAAUAUCUCAGGAUACAAUGUUGUACUUCCAACGUUGCGGCCGGGUGUUUCAUUGUAUAUUUCUUGUAAUUCCACAUUACACAACUUGCGUAAAUAACAGUCCUCGCUGCUUUUUUCUACUGGAAGAAGAAGAACUUCUUUUUCUUUCGGUUGAAAAUAUUUGAGAAUAGACAUGUUUGUUUUCACACUGUGACAACCAUGUACAGUAUGUGUAUCAAAAUUCUAACUGAGGAUUAUCAACUACACAUAUUCAUAUAGAUUCAAUAAAAAUUGGUCAAGGUGAGAAAAUCUCGGGUUUCAUGUUUUUGUAACAAUACAGGUAAUACAAAAGCAAUUAUCAUUUCAUACCCGAUGUCGGGUAUUCUAGUGUUAAUAAUCAUAUGGUUUCAAAUUUUGGACAUAGGUAUAUUUUUGAGCGUUAUAUUUUCGCCACUUCAUAAGGGUGGCGAAAUAGGCGAAAAAUUUACCGUGAUGAAAAUAUCCCAAAGUACGGUAUAUAGCAUGUGAAGUUCAGCACCUGGUGUUCUCUUUGGGAUUUCACUCCACCAGACCAGACUUGACUUAGUGAAAAAUACACUUAAAGUGCUUAAAAGUUUGUCCUGCAUAUACAACAGAUAUUUCACCUAGAGUCGUGAAACCAUGUACAGUGACAGUAAGUGAGGACACACUAGUUUUUAUUUAUAUUGAAAAUAUUUAUACAUCAGAACAUUUAGUAUACUAGGAAAGCAUUUAAUUUCAUGCACACAGCGUUUCGUGGUUUUUCUGAUGGGGGUAUGAACUUGUGGGUUUCAAAAUUUGAACAGAAGAUGAAUGGAAAUUUUACUUGUUUAUUGGAAUUGAUUUUCAGAAAUUGACUCAGCCACAAAAUUCGCCCCCACUAGGAAAAUGAUGACUUCACAGUAGACAAAAAGUAAAAUCACUAUAGCUGUUGCUAGAUGAAUUAGUGUGAUACUGGUCUUUUUUGUAUCCUGAGAUAAUACAAUGUGUUUAAUUCACUUUAUUAUAUUCAGUUAACAUUUAAGAUGUUUGUUUGAAGCAUGAUUAAAUAAUUUUACAGUU